CCGCCGCGUCCUUGCUCGGUGAAGCGUGACGGGCACUGCGAGGGCGCAGGGACACCGCCUUUCUCUGCUUCGCCAUUCUUCCCCUGCCUUCCCCAUCCCGACCGGCUUCCCAUUCCAGCUGCCGACCCCCUAGCCCGCCCUGAUCCCUGAGCAGGGAGGGGUCUUCCUCUUUUUACUCCCGGGGAGACUGAAGCUGGGAUGAGGUGGGGGAAAGAGCAGGGUAGCGCCUGCGGCGUCCCGGGGUAGCCCGAGCAUUUGGCAUCGUUACGUUAAUGCUGCAGUAGUUCUGUGACUGACAUGUUACCUUACGGAGGACACGGAAAAAGACUGCCGGAGAUUCCCAAAGAUGUCAACUCAAGGACAUACUUGGGCCCGUCAGGUGAAGAAAGAGGGUGAGGAAGAGGACCCCCUGGACCUGCUGAUCUCCCGCUCUGGCUGUGCUGCUUCCCACUAUGCAGUGCAGGAGUGCAUGGCCCAGCACCAGGACUGGCGACAGUGCCAGCCACAGGUGCAGGCCUUCAAGGACUGCAUGAGUGAACAGCAGGCAAGACGGCGAGAGGAGCUGCAGAGGAGGAAGGAGCAAGACAGUACCCACAGCUGAGCCCCCAAACCAUCUAUCCCCAGAGCAUGGCCUGCAGAAACUAGCACCCAGACAAAUCCUAAACAGUGGAAGUGUGGGCCAAAAGGUAUAAAACUCCGGGAUAGUCUUUGGGAUUGGGGUUGAGAGCCAGGCAGCCAUGGGCUUGGACAUGACUGUCAUAAAGAAAGAGCUGUCAUAUUUUAUUUGUUUAAAAAUCUUUAUUGUUGAAAGUA